UAGCUUGUUUGACAGCCGCCAAAGAAAGACAAAGAAGUCUCGCAGCAAAUUCUUUCAGGAUCGUAGUUGUCAUAUUCACUGCGAAUUCUUCGUUUUACUCGCUGUAACAAUGUCUGACGACAGAGCUGAACGAUCAGAUGGACGGAUAGUGAAGAUGGAGGUUGACUACAGUGCCACUGUAGACGAACGCCUUCCUGAGUGUGAGAAAAUGGCCAGUGAUGGCAGACUACAGGAGGCAGUCGAGAGUCUGCUGUCACUAGAGAAGCAAACAAGAACGGCUUCAGAUAUGGUGUCUACCUCCAGGAUCCUGGUUGCAAUAGUUCAAUUAUGCUAUGAUGCCAAAGACUGGGAUGCUCUGAACGAAAACAUCAUGCUGCUAUCUAAGAGAAGAAGCCAACUGAAGCAGGCUGUUGCAAAGAUGGUACAGGAAUGUUACAAGUAUGUUGACGCUAUGAGUGACUUGUCAAUCAAACUACGUCUCAUCGACACGCUUCGCACAGUCACUGCUGGAAAGAUAUAUGUGGAGAUUGAACGUGCCAGACUGACUAAAACACUGGCCCAAAUCAAGGAGCAAAGUGGAGACGUGAAAGAGGCUGCAGCCAUUCUGCAGGAGUUGCAGGUCGAGACAUAUGGUUCAAUGGAGAAGAAAGAGAAGGCGGAGUUCAUUCUGGAGCAGAUGAGGCUGUGUAUUGCUGUCAAGGACUACAUACGCACACAGAUCAUUAGCAAAAAAAUCAACACAAAGUUCUUCCAAGAGGAAGGCACUGAGGAAUUGAAAUUGAAAUAUUAUAAUCUGAUGAUUCAAGUUGAUCAGCAUGAGGGCUCCUACUUGUCCAUAUGUAAACACUACAGAGCCAUAUAUGACACUCCUUGUAUCCUGGAAGACUCAUCCAAAUGGCAGCAGGCUCUGAAGAGUGUUGUGCUCUAUGUGAUUUUGGCACCGUACGACAAUGAACAGUCUGAUUUGGUUCAUAGAAUCAGCACUGACAAGAAACUAGAGGAUAUACCCAAAUACAGGGAUCUCCUAAAACAAUUCACCACCAUGGAGCUGAUGCGCUGGUCAUCUGUAGUGGAGGAUUAUGGGAAGGAACUGAGGGAGGGUUCCAUGGGAACUCCAGACACUGAUGUCUUCACCUGCACAGAAGAGGGGGAGAAGAGAUGGAAAGAUCUGAAAAACAGAGUGGUAGAACAUAACAUCAGAAUAAUGGCAAAAUAUUACACAAGCAUCACAAUGGGGAGAAUGGCAGCACUGCUCGACCUCUCUAUUGAUGAAUCAGAGGAGUUCUUAUCAAACUUGGUUGUCAACAAGACCAUCUAUGCAAAAGUGGACCGCCUCGCUGGCAUUAUAAAUUUCCAGCGGCCGAAAGACCCUAACGAUCUUCUGAAUGACUGGUCUCAAAAAUUGAACUCUCUCAUGUCUCUGGUCAACAAAACCACUCAUCUCAUUGCCAAAGAAGAGAUGAUCCACAACCUCCAGUAGAGCCAGUUCCUGGUACACGUUUUGUCCUUUCUUCACCUGAUAUGUUUGAUUGAACGAAUGUUAAAUAAACUUUUUGUCAACGUGUCUGCUUGCAUUCAUUAAUCAACAAUGAGGUUACAUGUAUUUAGACUGGGAACAAUAUAAGUCGAUGGUUUCCAAGGUUUUAUGAUGCACUUAAAGAGAUUGUUCACCCAAAAAUAUAAACCAUCACUGUUUACUCAAUCUUUACUUGUUUCAAAUAGUGUUUUUGUUCUGUUGACCACAAAAGCGGAUAUAUUGGAAACCUUUAACCUUCCAUAGUAUUUGUUUUUCCUAUUUUGAAAGCCAAUGGUUACAGGUCUCCAAAAUAAUUCCAAUUGUCUUUUUUUAUGCUUAUGAAAGAAAAAUCUAACUCAAACUGGUGUGUAACAGGUGGGUAAAUAAUAACAGAAUUGUAAUUUUUUUUGGUGAACUAUCCUUUUAAUUUUUCUGCUACGUUUUGUUUGGGACCUCUGUCUGUAAAUGUCUAGGGAAAAAAUGACUAAGCUCCUUAUGAAGCCUUCGAAAAUUGGUUACACACAAUCCUGCUAUUUGCAUUAAGUAAAUGUCUUGUGUUUCUUUACCUUAUUGUGGAAUAUAAAUCGCAUAGUAAGAUUCAUAUUAAAAGUUUUUGGAGAAA